AUGUCUUACUAUGCUCAUUGGUAUGAACAGAGCAUCCGUCAGAAAAGACCAGCUCUCCAUUCCAAUCCAUCUACCCAAAGCAUACCCAUAGACGCUUCUCAGCCUGAUGUUACGGCAGCGCAGGUCACCGUUUGCUCUCUACACAAUAGGCUUGUCUACAAUCUCGAAUUCAAACCAUGCGAGAGAACUCCUUCACAUUCCCGCAACAGCAGCUAUACACCAGAGCACACAAAUCAUAACGAGCGCAUAACUCAUAGUCAGAAUGACCAACAUGUUGCAUGGAAAAACGCUCACGAGAUGGUGUAUAAUCGAACGAGCGAUAGGGAAAGAACGGGAAGUAGCCAGUCUACAGAGUUGUUGAAGGUGGACGAUUUGAUAGAUGAGUCACUAUGGGACGAUUGGAUUGUAAAGUUUAUCAAUAACGAUGAGGAAUCAGUCUACAGCGACGACAAGCCUUUCGAAGAUUGGAUUUUUGAUGCAAUGUGA